GACGUUACAUCUACAGCCGACGUUAGGUCGCUUUGUGUUUGACGGGAGCCGCGCUGUCACGAUGAACUGAACCUUUGAAGCGCCCCAGGAGUCAUGAGCACAUUCGCUGCGAAGCUAAAGGGCGCGGGCAUUGUGCCACAGACGGCGGCAGCCCAGGGCGCCAAGCAGCGUGCGCCCAAUGCCCCGGCGCAAGCUGCCAAGCCGGCUAAGCAGACUGUUGGUUUCGCGGUCGCCAACAGCACGGAUCGCUUGGGCUUCAUUGGCAAUGUCCUGAUUGGCUACAGAGUGGAGGUUCAGGUGGCAAGCGGGGUCGUUUACGAGGGCGUCUUUGGUUCGUUGCAAAACGACGGCAGCGGCGUGUCGGUGGUCCUCAAGUUCGCCAAGGUCAUCAAGGACCCAUCGGCGCCCGCGGUGGACAAGACGACCCUGGCAGAGAAGCCGGUGGCAGUCCUGACCAUUCCAGCUGCGGACCUGGUGCAGGUGUAUGCCAAGGACGUGCGACUCAGCGCAGAGGACCUCUCAGGAGCUGACCGCAGCGAUGUGGGCUUCGAGACGGAUGCAGCUAUCUCGCGCGGGCGUGGCGGGGGCAUGCGUGAGCUGCAGAAGUGGCAACCUGAUGAGGGCGAUGCGGGUGGCUUCUUCAGCUUGGAGGCUCCAGGGGGCGGCGCUGGCUGGGACCAGUUCGCUGUCAACCGCGAUCGCUUCGGCGUGCAGACCACUUGGAGCGAGCACUUCUACACCACGAAAAUUAACCGUGAUGAGUGCAAAAUUUCUGAGGAGGAGGCGGCCCGCAUCGCACGGGAAAUUGAGACCGGUGUCUCGGGUGCUGCCACUACCAACAUCCAUAUGCUGGAGGAGCGUGGCGGCGAGCUAGGUGCCGACGUGGACGAGGAGGCGCUGUACGGGGCAGUCAUCCGGGACGUACCGCCCGGAGCUGCAGGAGCAGGAGGACCCGGAGGACCCGGCGGCUUCAACGCCUCAUCGCAACAGCCGCCCCGUGGGCCGGGCGGCCAGGGGCCGGGGCGCGGUCCGGGGCGUGGGCCGUCGCAGCAGUCGGCAGCGGACCGGGCUGUGGCCUGGGGGCGCGCCGGCUCAGGUGUGGCGGCGGUGGCGGGCGGGCUGUCCGUGGCGCAUCAGAAGCAGCAGCAGGCGGGCGCAGCAGCAGCCGGAGGCCCCAAGCCCAGCGUUGGCGCAAUUCCCGUUCCAGUGCCGGGCGCCGGGUCUGCCCCGGCGGCGGCUGGGGAGGGCGGAAGCGGCAGCGGCGCCAGCAGUGCCGGAGGCACCGCGCCCAUUGACAUUGACCCACGCAAGGAGGUCAACAAGGUCCGCAGCUCGCUUACUGUGGGCUCCAAGAAGGACCGCAGCUCCCCCUACGGCACUCCCAAGCUGGGCGGUGUGGGCGGCAUGUCGCGCUCACCGGUGUUCGCCAGCCCGCUGGUGGCUGACCCUGUGUCCUUCUCGGCGCUGGACCUGGACCCGGGGGCGCCGCAGGUGAAGCUGGACCCGGAGGCCCAGGCCGAGUUCCUGCGCUUCAAGGAGGAAAUGAACAAGAAGCGCCAGCAGGCAGCAACAGGAAGCGAGUCCCUGGCGGAUCUCAAGAAGUCCUCAUCCUCAUUCAAGGACCGCCCAGCAGGAGCCGCAGCGCCCGCAGGAGCAGCGGCGAACGGCAGCGGCGCCGCCACACCGGCAGCGGACGGUGCUGCCACUGCCGCGCCCGCGGCGGCCGGUGCCGCAGACGCGGCCGCCAAGCCUGCUGCCAAUGGCGACACGGCUGCGGCUGACAAGCCCAAGGUGGUGUCGAAGCUGAACCCCAACGCCAAGCCCUUCUCCCUCAACAUCUACGCCAAGGAGUUUGUGCCCAACUUCGGCAAGCCCGCAGCGGCCGCGGCGCCGGCCGCGGCGGCCGCCCCGGCGGCAGGCACGGCAGCGCCUGCUGCAGGAGGCAGCGCGGGUGGGGCCGGCGCGACCGGCGCCGGCGGCAUAAGCAGCACCGCGGUUCUGUCCACGGCGCUGCCCUCGGCCACCAACCCCAAUGCGGCCAACGCGCCGCCGGCGGCCGCGGCCGCGGCGGCUCAGGCGGCCGCCACUGCCAUCUCUGCGGGCGCCGCUGGCCAGGCCAGCUACCUGGCCAGCACCAGCGCCGCCUCGCACGGCAUGGCGGCGUCCUACCACCACAGCAGCGCCGGAGGGCACGGGCCGCAGCAGCACGGGCCGCAGCAUGGCGGCGCCGGCGGCAUGGGCGGUGGCCACGGCGGGCAGGGCCAGUACGGCGGCGGCGGGGGUAUGGGUGGCGGGCAUGGCGGACACCAUGAACAGCGCGGCGGGUACGGCGGCGGCGGCGGGCCCAUGGGCCGGGAAAUGCGCGACGGCGGCCACGGCGGCGGCAUGUACGGCGGCGGCGGGCACCGCGGCGGCGAGAACAUGUACCGGGGUGGCGGCGGCGGCCAGGGCAUGAUGGAGGGUGGCGGUGGCGGCGGCUACCGGGGCGGUGGCGGCGGCGGCGGCCCUGGCGGCGACCCGUUCCGCGGUUCCACCGGCUCGGGCGCGGGCGACGGCUACCACCACCAUCACCACCACCACCACGGGGGCCACAAGGGCGGCCCCGGUGGCGGUGACCAUCACGGCCCCGGCAAGGGCGGCGACGGCGGCCAUGGAGGCCACAUGGGCGGCCCCGGUGGCCCAGUGGGCGGCCCUGGCAGCGGCCUGCACAAGGUGCCGCCGCCGCCGCCCCAGGGCCCUGGCGGCAUGGGCCCGGGCGGCGAGGGCGGUCCCAUGGGCCCGCACGGCCACGGCCACGGCGCCACCAUGGUGGUAAACGGGCACGCGGUGACGCCGGCCACCAUGGGUCCGCACGGCGGCCUGGUGCCCAUGACCCCCGCCGCCAUGGCUGCCGCCGGCAUGCCCGCCGCCAUGGCCGGCAUGCCGUACGGUGUGGUGAUGGCGUCCGGCCCCGGCGGCCCGCACUACAUGGCGCAGAUGCCGCCCGGUGCCACGCACGUGGCCAUGGCCUCCACGCCGCAGGGCGCGGUGCCCAUCAUGGCCUACGCGGUGCGGCCUGCGGGCGGCGGCCCCCCCACCGCCAUGGCCAUGACGCCCACCGGCCACAUGGCCAUGAUGGCGGCCGGACACGCGCCCCCGGGCAUGGCGGGCCACUACGGCGCCGUGGCGGGCCCCUACAUGGCGCAGGUGCAGGUGCCGCCGGGCGCCAUGCCGCCGCCCAGCCCCACUGGCACGGGCCGCUCCGCGGGCGCCUACUUCCAGGCGGCAGGCGGCGGCGGCUACCCGGGGCCCAUGAUGGCGCACCCGGGGCAGGGGCCGCACGGCGGGCCGCACCCCGGCGGCCCCAUGGGUGGCGGCCAGGGGCCACAGGGCGGCGGCCACCACAUGAUGCAGCAGGGCCCCAUGGGCGGCGGCGGACACAUGGGCGGCGACGGCCGCGGUGGCAUGGGCGGGCCAGGCGGACCCAAGGGUGGCCGCGGCGGACACCGCGGGCCGCCACCGCCGCGCAUGGACCACGAGCGGCCCGCACCGCCCGGGCCCCGCGACAUGGAGUGAGCGGCCUGGGCAGCGGCCUGAGCAGCCUGGCAGCGGCGAGGACUCAACAAUAGAGGAGGAGGGGCGGAGGAGCCGGGGAAGAGGGCCCUGCAGGCGCCGCGCCUGGCAGGUGACGACACGGCUUGAGGGGUCGAGUCAGGACAAGGAUGUCCGGUCGUGCGGGCGUGCCGGCGCAGCCGCAGCGUUCACGUGGGUAUGUACGACCCUGUGCGCUGCGGGCCGGAGGGCGCAUGCAAGGGCAGGCGUGUGCAAGCACAAGCGCACGCGCACACGCUACUAGGGCACAAGUUUGGUGGACUGAGGCAGUGCCCAUUGGACCUGUAGCUGGGUAUAGCCGAGGUGUCGGGCUACUGCUACGGGAUCUAGGGGGACCUAGGCGGCAGCUCGCCUGCCCGCACGUCUGAUAGGGCCCCAGCCCCGCAGGCCGGUGUGUGGCUUGCGUGCGGUGCCUCUGCAUCUCUUGCGGGCGACGCCGCCGUGGCUGCACACACCUCCUUACCUUCCAGGCCGAACACGGCGCCAGGAUGCUGCACGCCAUGCGGCGCCGCCGCUUGGUGCCUUGCUUGGUCAUCAUACACAAGCCAUCUAGUUGUCUUAGUGAAAGGGCAAGAUGUUUGUUGCCAAUUAGGCGGAUAAUGACUUGCCGCACACUGCUAUCUAGGAGAUGGGUAAUGUGGUAAUCUGGAAGAGCCCAUUUGAAGGUUGGAGGCGUUUCAUGGUGCUGGUACGCAUAUGAGUCACCGGGUGUGCCCGGGAGGAUUGGAAUUGCUAACGGCGCGUGCUCCGGGGCUGUCGGGGGUAGGAGCAGCGCUGGAGCACCUGCCCCGGUGCACCUUGCAGCUGCAUAUGCAUGGGCUGCGCGCGUGGGCAGGCCGCCGAGGGCGUCGCCCCCUGAGCGGGAUUUCUAGGUUGCCGCGGGUGGCAGGGAAGCGGACGCCAUGCGGAACAGACAGCUGGAACGGCGCCACGCACACACAGUGCAGGUCACUGGGUUUCUGAACGGGUCGCGUCGUGCUUCUUGGAGGCUGGAUUACAGGAGCCGACUUGGGAAUCCGAAGAGCCCGGCAGUUGAGCCAAAGACGGGCCCACAGCAACUUGAGGGUGCUUCUGGGAACGUUUUGACCAUUGCAUCUAGUAUGGUUGAGCGUCAUUGUCUGAGCGAGUCGUUUCACUUGGCUGUACUCAGGGCAAACGGCGCGGGCAGCAGGGGCGCCUGGGGACGAGCUCAGGCAGGACGAAAUGGCGAGUUCGGAACGGACUGACCAUGACGGACAGCGCGACAACCCGCCCUGUAGUCAAGCAGGAGGCCCGCACCGGUGUUGGACUCAGCGACGCGUUGAGGAUUGCAGUCUGCACAGGGCCCGCCCCUGUGACCACAACCGCU